UCCAACUCUCCAAAUAUUUUCUUACCCUCUCUCUCUCUAUACAUUUCUCUCUGUAAAUUAGAAAUUAAAAUAAAUAUUGCAUCAAUCUCUCGUCAAUCAAGAACUGUUCUUGUCAAAUCAAUCAAUCGGAGAGACUUGGAAAUGGAUGUUAAAGGUGAGAGGAACUCGGAGGAAAUAGUUCCGAUGAUGAUGAAUAAUAGCAGUGAUGAUCAAGAAGAUGAAAUGAUGAUGGAAGAAGAUCUUCGAAGAGGCCCCUGGACUAUCGAAGAAGACUUCGCUCUCAUGAAUUACAUCUCUCAAAAUGGUGAAGGCCGCUGGAAUUCUCUUGCUCGCUCUGCAGGAUUGAAGAGAACCGGAAAGAGCUGCAGAUUAAGGUGGCUCAAUUAUUUACGUCCGGAUGUCCGACGUGGAAACAUCACUCUUGAAGAGCAACUCUUGAUUCUCGAACUUCAUUCUCGUUGGGGCAACCGAUGGUCGAAAAUUGCUCAACACUUGCCGGGGAGAACAGAUAAUGAGAUCAAGAAUUACUGGAGGACGAGAGUUCAGAAACAUGCGAAACAGCUCAAAUGUGACGUGAAUAGCAAGCAAUUUAAAGAUACCAUGCGUUAUCUUUGGAUGCCUAGAUUAGUUGAAAGAAUUCAAGCUGCUGGUGGCAAUACCGGUGCUUGUAGUGCUGCUGCUCCCGGUGAAUCGUCCUUAGCCAUUGCCACCGGAGAUUCUUCAUUCACGACAGCCAACCCGACUUGCUACAAUACCAACAACAUUAGUAAUUCUGGUUUUUCUAGCCAAGUGAUGGUGCCACAGACUAAUGGUAUGAUGUACAACAGUUAUGAGGGGAUGAUCCAGUCGUCAAUGAAUAAUUCGAGUAGCUUCACACCGGCAAAUUCAGGCACCACUGGCUCGUCGGACUCGUUUGGGAGAUCACAAGUAUCUCCGGUCUCGGACAUGACUGAUUGCUACAAUUAUCCUCCGGUUAAUCCUAAACCUAAUCAAGAUUAUUACUUUCAAGAUCAGCUUGGCUUCACAGAUACCCUAGUCAGCCCUAUGGGUUAUUACAACUCCAAUGCCGGAUUUCAAUGCAUGGAGCCAAAUACUAGUAAUCCAUGGAUGGACGGUGGGGAUUUAUCGGAUAACUUGUGGAGUGUUGAGGAUAUGUGCUUACUGAGCCAGCAAUUCAACAACAACAACAUCUAAAUGAUGAAUAUGAGCCUUCAAUAUGUACGAGGGUAUAUAUAUUUCAUCAAUCUCUAGUUGUAAAAUUUUCCCUUUCACUUUCUUGUGUUCUUUUUCUAUUUUGAUUGCUGGGGGACUAAUUAAUUGCAAAAUUGAGAUUAUAUAAUCUCAUUCUUUGAGAACUAUAACAUAGACAAAUUAUGUUAAUGUUUGUUUGUAGAUGAAUUGAAGUAUUGAAAAUAUUGCAGAGAUUUGCUUAA